UGAUAGGCCGCCCAUACAAUUUCGUUUUCUCGAACAGCUCGCGCGCUAGAAAAGUCUUUAAUAGCUAAUCGCUCCCGCACGUGCCCAGCUAUAGUUUGCAGUAAGAUAAUACAUUACUUAAGCUUGGCAGAGUCUACAAGAGAACGGCACAAUCUCCGGAAGAUAGAUAUGCAUUUGACAUUACAUAAGAAGCGAUGAGCGAAUAUAAUUGGGAAUCGAAAGAAAAUUGAAAGCAGCGCCAGCGAACGCUGCCCGAACACACAAUUGAAGAUAUUUCAUCAGCCAAUAAGGAGCGCAGCCACAGCAAGAGUUUCAAAGUGAAGAAAAGUCUUGUGCAAUUGGAAACAAAGCAAGAAAAAAUAUGUGCUGGGCAACAAUAAAGCAAAGGCAGGAGUGUAUCAACUGUAGCAGCAGUGACGCCGCCAGCAACAGCAACAGUAACAACAACAAGAGCAGCAACCAGAACCGCAGAGAAUUUGCGCCUAGCAACAAGAUCGAUUUGGCGAGCGAAUUUCUUUGAUUUGCGCCCAUUAGUUCGACAUUUUCAAGCCAAAGAGUGUAAAUAGUAGUACAUAGUACAUAGUAGUUAUAGCACAAUUCACACGCACAGUGAACGCCGUGGAAAGAAGAACUUACGAUUAUAGCAGUAAUACAAAGAUACAAUAGAGAUCGAUCCCAAAAUGAAUACCAGCGCAGUAGCAGCCAAGGGCAGUCCCAAGAAAUUCAAUGUGUUCUCCCACUUCAAGUACGAGCAUCUGGUGGCCGGAAUAUCCGGAGGUGUAGCGUCCACAAUUAUACUCCAUCCACUGGACCUCAUCAAGAUUCGAUUUGCUGUUAACGAUGGACGGACUGCAGCGGUUCCCCAGUAUCGGGGACUGGGCAGUGCCUUUACCACCAUUUUUCGGCAAGAGGGCUUCCGAGGCCUUUACAAGGGGGUCACACCCAAUAUCUGGGGAUCGGGCUCCUCCUGGGGGCUUUACUUCAUGUUCUACAACACCAUCAAGACAUUCAUCCAGGGCGGCAACACAACGAUGCCCCUAGGUCCCGCCAUGCACAUGCUGGCAGCCGCCGAGUCUGGAGCCCUCACUCUGCUCUUAACCAACCCCAUUUGGGUGGUGAAGACGCGCCUUUGUCUGCAGUAUGACUCCUCGGCCAGUGCCGAGUAUCGGGGAAUGGUGAAUGCCCUGAGCCAGAUCUACAAGGAGGAGGGUAUCCGGGGAUUGUACCGAGGGUUCGUGCCCGGCAUGCUGGGCGUCUCGCACGGAGCCAUUCAGUUUAUGACCUACGAGGAGUUGAAGAAUGCAUACAACGAAUACCGCAAGCUGCCCAUCGAUACGAAAUUGGCCACCACCGAGUACUUGGCCUUUGCGGCCGUCUCCAAGCUGAUUGCGGCAGCAGCCACAUACCCGUACCAGGUGGUGCGUGCCCGCCUGCAGGAUCACCACCACCGCUACAACGGCACCUGGGACUGCAUCAAACAGACUUGGAGAUUCGAGGGCGGAAGCGGCUUCUACAAGGGACUGCAGGCCAAUCUUACGCGUGUGAUACCCGCUUGCAUGAUCACGUUCCUGGUGUACGAGAACGUUUCGCAUUACAUGCUGGCCAAUCGGAAAAGGGCCGAGGCUGAGGCUGACAAGGACGACAAUUAAACCAAGCUUGCAGAUACUUACGAUUCAGGAUUCCUCUAGUAAAUAGUUUAAGAAGUGUACCUCUAUAUCGCAUUACAUUGUAUCAGGAGUCGCAGGACAGCUGCGCACGUGUUGAGCACGGGAAAAUGUUCCUUGUUCUGAGGCUGUUGAACGAUGCUUUAGUCUAUAAGUGGCUGGUUUUACAACGCAAAACAUCAAAUGCCAUUAAAUGUUGAACUAAGUUAAAAA